ACUUUGCCCUACACGAUGAUCUCAACGUUAGCUACCUUUCCUCCAUUUCUGCACAAGGAUAUUAUUGAAUAUCUUAGCACAUCUUUUCUACCAAUGGCUAUAUUGGGUUCCUCCAGGAGAGAAGGUGUUCCUGCACAUGUUAAUCUGUCUGCAUCCUCCAUGCUAAUGAUUGCAAUGCAGUACACAUCUAAUCCAGUGUAUCAUUGUCAGUUACUGGAAUGCCUCAUGAAAUAUAAACAAGAAGUCUGGAAAGACCUUUUGUAUGUUAUUGCCUAUGGGCCUUCACAAGUGAAACCUCCAGCUGUGCAAAUGCUUUUCCACUAUUGGCCCAAUUUAAAACCUCCCGGGGCAAUAAGCGAGUACAGGGGGUUGCAGUACACAGCUUGGAAUCCCAUCCACUGCCAGCACAUUGAAUGCCACAAUGCAAUUAACAAGCCAGCUGUGAAGAUGUGUAUAGACCCUUCCCUGUCAGUUGCUUUGGGGGAUAAACCACCCCCAUUGUAUCUCUGUGAAGAAUGCAGUGAGAGGAUUGCAGGGGACCACAGCGAGUGGUUGAUUGAUGUUCUUCUGCCACAAGCUGAAAUAUCUGCCAUAUGUCAGAAAAAGAACUGCAGUUCCCAUGUUAGAAGAGCAGUCGUCACCUGCUUUUCCGCAGGGUGCUGCGGUCGUCACGGAAACAGGCCUGUUCGGUACUGCAAAAGAUGCCACUCGAAUCAUCACAGUAAUGAGGUGGGGGCCGCGGCGGAGACCCACCUCUAUCAGACCUCGCCGCCCCCGAUCAACACGCGGGAGUGCGGUGCCGAGGAGCUGGUCUGCGCGGUGGAGGCGGUGAUUAGCUUAUUGAAAGAAGCCGAGUUCCAUGCUGAGCAGCGGGAACAUGAGUUGAAUCGCCGGCGGCAGCUGGGCCUCUCCUCUUCCCACCAUUCCCUGGAUAAUGCUGACUUUGAUAACAAGGACGAUGAUAAACACGACCAGAGGCUGCUUAGUCAAUUUGGAAUAUGGUUCUUAGUGAGCCUGUGCACACCCAGUGAGAACACGCCUACAGAAAGUUUGGCCCGGCUGGUGGCCAUGGUAUUUCAGUGGUUUCACUCCACAGCAUACAUGAUGGAUGAUGAAGUUGGAAGCUUGGUAGAAAAACUGAAGCCACAGUUUGUCACCAAGUGGUUGAAGACAGUAUGUGAUGUUCGCUUUGAUGUCAUGGUCAUGUGCCUUCUUCCUAAACCCAUGGAAUUUGCCAGGGUUGGUGGAUACUGGGAUAAGUCGUGUAGCACAGUCACUCAGCUGAAGGAAGGUCUCAACCGGAUCCUUUGCCUGAUCCCCUACAAUGUGAUCAACCAAUCAGUGUGGGAGUGUAUUAUGCCAGAAUGGCUGGAAGCCAUCAGAACAGAAGUCCCAGAUAAUCAGUUAAAGGAAUUCAGGGAAGUAUUAAGCAAAAUGUUUGACAUUGAGCUCUGUCCUCUGCCUUUUUCAUUGGAAGAGAUGUUUGGAUUUAUUAGCUGUCGGUUUACAGGCUACCCCUCCUCUGUGCAGGAACAAGCUUUAUUAUGGCUUCAUGUAUUAUCGGAGUUAGAUAUCAUGGUUCCACUUCAACUCUUAAUAAGCAUGUUUUCUGAUGGAGUUAAUUCUGUCAAAGAACUGGCAAAUCAAAGAAAAUCAAGAGUCAGUGAACUGGCAGGGAACCUUGCAGCUCGAAGGGUGAGUGUUGCCUCUGAUCCUGGACGACGAGUUCAGCACAGUAUGCUGAGUCCGUUUCAUAGUCCUUUCCAGAGUCCAUUUCGGAGUCCCAUGCGUAGUCCAUUCCGUAGCCCUUUCAAGAAUUUUGGACACCCAGGAGGAAGGACUAUUGACUUUGAUUGUGAAGAUGAUGAAAUGAAUCUAAACUGUUUCAUCCUCAUGUUUGAUCUUCUCCUGAAACAGAUGGAGUUACAAGAUGAUGGAAUCACAAUGGGUUUAGAGCACAGCUUGUCAAAGGACAUUAUUUCUAUUAUAAACAAUGUCUUCCAGGCCCCCUGGGGGGGCUCCCACUCCUGCCAGAAGGAGGAAAAAGCAAUCGAGUGCAACUUAUGUCAGUCUAGCAUCCUCUGUUAUCAGCUUGCUUGUGAACUCCUAGAAAGACUGGCUCCCAAAGAAGAGAGCAGGCUGGUGGAGCCCACAGACAGCCUGGAGGACAGCCUCCUUUCUUCCAGACCAGAGUUCAUUAUAGGCCCUGAAGGAGAGGAGGAGGACCCAGCAGCCAAGCAUGGGGAGAACCCAGGCAGUCACACCACGCCCACGGAACAUGCUGCAGUAAAGAAUGAUACUGAAAGAAAGUUUUGCUACCAACAGCUUCCUGUAACGUUGAGACUAAUAUACACCAUUUUCCAGGAAAUGGCUAAAUUUGAAGAGCCAGACAUUCUUUUUAAUAUGCUCAAUUGCCUGAAGAUUCUCUGUCUGCACGGAGAAUGUUUAUACAUUGCUAGAAAAGAUCAUCCCCAAUUUUUAGCCUACAUUCAGGACCACAUGUUGAUCGCAAGCCUGUGGAGAGUCGUCAAGUCCGAGUUCUCCCAGCUCUCUUCACUGGCGGUCCCUCUCCUCCUCCAUGCUCUGUCCCUUCCUCAUGGUGCUGACAUCUUCUGGACUAUAAUAAACAGCAACUUUAACAGCAAAGACUGGAAGAUGAGGUUUGAAGCAGUGGAAAAAGUGGCUGUGAUUUGUAGAUUUCUGGAUAUUCACUCAGUGACCAAAAACCACCUGCUAAAGUACUCCCUGGCACACGCCUUCUGCUGCUUUCUGACAGCUGUGGAAGAUGUCAACCCUGCAGUGGCUACCAGGGCAGGUCUCCUGCUCGACACCAUAAAGAGGCCAGCGUUGCAGGUGAUGUAUGAUGUGUAUUUUUGUUCUGCAGAUGCCAUCACUGCUGUGAGGACCAAUGUUGCUAAUCUCAGUGACGCCGCAUUGUGGAAGAUCAAGAGGGCUCGCUUUGCAAGGAACCGCCAGAAGAGCGUGCGAUCUCUGAGGGACAGUGUGAAAGGACCUGCAGAAUCCAAGAGGGCACUGUCCCUCCCUGAGACUCUGACCUCCAAAAUUCGACAACAGUCUCCUGAGAAUGACAACACCAUCAAGGACCUUCUCCCAGAAGAUGCUGGAAUUGACCACCAGACAGUGCAUCAGCUGAUCACAGUGCUCAUGAAGUUCAUGGCCAAGGAUGAGAGCAGCGCUGAGUCAGAUAUCAGCAGUGCAAAGGCCUUCAACACGGUCAAGCGGCACCUGUAUGUCUUACUUGGCUAUGACCAACAAGAAGGUUGCUUCAUGAUUGCACCUCAAAAAAUGCGCCUGUCAACUUGCUUUAAUGCAUUUAUUGCAGGAAUUGCCCAGGUUAUGGACUAUAACAUUAACUUGGGAAAACACCUUCUCCCCUUGGUGGUUCAGGUGCUCAAAUACUGCUCUUGUCCUCAACUACGGCAUUAUUUCCAACAGCCACCUCGUUGUUCCCUCUGGUCCCUAAAACCUCACAUCCGGCAGAUGUGGUUGAAGGCCUUGCUUGUCAUCCUUUACAAGUAUCCAUACCGAGACUGUGACAUCAGCAAGAUCCUGCUGCACCUGAUUCACAUAACAGUCAACACACUCAAUGCGCAGUAUCACAGCUGCAAGCCCCAUGCCACGGCAGGACCUUUGUACAGUGACAACAGUAACAUAAGCAGAUACAGCGAAAAAGAAAAAGAAGAAGAUAGUGUUUUUGAUGAAUCUGAUAUUCAUGAUACACCUACUGGACCCUGCAAUAAAGAGUCUCAAACUUUUUUUGCAAGAUUGAAAAGGAUAGGCGGCAGCAAAAUGGUGAAAUAUCAGCCGGUUGAGAUGAAUGUUCAGAGAAGUGAAAUAGAACUGGCCGAAUAUAGAGAAACGGGUGCAUUACAAGACAGCAUUCUGCACUGUGUGAGAGAAGAAAGCAUUCAGAAAAAAAAGCUGCGCUCUUUAAAACAAAAAUCUCUUGAUAUAGGGAACGCAGACUCCCUCUUGUUCACACUAGAUGAGCAUCGCAGGAAGUCUUGCAUAGAUCGGUGUGAUGUAGAUAAACCCCCUGCCCAAGCUGCUCACAGCGCCCAGAGACAGAACGACCACGGGCGAUCGAGGCAGAACUCUGCUACGAGGCCCGACACUAUGGAAAUCCCUGAGAACCCAGCUGUGGAAGGUGUUCCAGAGCCCCGAAGGCCUGUGAUACCGGAAGUUAGGUUAAACUGCAUGGAGACGUUCGAGGUGAAAGUUGACUCUCCAGUAAAGCCUGCUCCCAAAGAGGAUUUAGAUCUGAUAGAUUUGUCCUCCGAUUCAACUUCAGGGCCUGAGAAACAUUCUAUACUCUCAACAUCUGACAGUGACUCUCUUGUAUUUGAGCCUCUUCCACCUCUCAGAAUAGUGGAGAGUGAUGAGGAAGAGGAGAUGGUGAACCGGGGGACUGGUGGCAAGGGUGCCACCUCCUCUCCCCCCGUCCCUCGCCACCCCUCUGCCCUCAGCCUGAGCACAACUCCUCUUGUGCAAGUCAGCGUGGAGGACUGUUCCAAAGACUUUUCUUCUAAGGACUCAGGAAAUAACCAGUCAGCAGGUAACAGGGACCCUACUCUCAUAGCCCUGGAGGAACCUACAGACUCAGAAGAAUUAUCUCAGGCAGAGGAGCUGCGAGAGUUUUCCUGUGGCAGCCCACUGACGCUCAAACAAAAACGAGACCACCUUCAGAAGUCAUUUGCUGUCCCUGAGAUGUCAACAGAUGAUAACCCUGAACCCAGCACCGAGGAAGAGAGGCAUGGGCAGAUGCCAAGUUCAGGGCCCAAAACCGUGCUCCUUAAAGUUCCUGAAGAUGCUGAAAAUCCAACAGAAAGUGAGAAACCUGAUACCAGUGCCGAAUCUGAUACAGAACAGAAUCCUGAAAGAAAAAUGGAAGAGGAUGGAACCGAGGAAUCAGAGUUCAAGAUUCAGAUUGUCCCCAGACAGAGGAAACAGAGAAAGAUUGCUGUCAGUGCUAUCCAGAGAGAGUACCUUGACAUCUCCUUCAACAUUCUAGACAAAUUGGGAGAUCAGAAAGAUCCAGAUCCCUCCACUAAAGGACUUUCAACCUUAGAAAUGCCACGAGAAUCUUCAUCUGCCCCUACAUUAGAAGCAGAUGUGCCAGAAACAAGUAGUCAUUCCUCAAUAUCAACUCAGUAUAGGCAGAUGAAAAGGGGAUCCCUGGGCGUUCUCACAAUGAGCCAGUUAAUGAAGCGACAGCUGGAACAUCAGUCUAGCGCCCCCCAUAACAUCAGCAACUGGGACACUGAACAGAUACAGCCUGGGAAACGCCAGUGUAAUGUGCCAAUGUGCCUAAACCCUGACCUGGAGGGACAGCCGUUGAGAAUGAGAGGUGCCACGAAGUCCAGCCUGCUGUCAGCACCCAGCAUAGUGAGCAUGUUUGUACCUGCUCCUGAAGAAUUCACUGACGAGCAGCCAACGGUGAUGACUGACAAAUGCCAUGACUGUGGGGCCAUUCUUGAAGAAUAUGAUGAAGAAACCCUCGGGCUGGCCAUUGUGGUCCUCUCCACAUUCAUUCACUUAAGCCCCGACCUGGCGGCCCCACUGUUGCUGGACAUCAUGCAGUCUGUGGGAAGAUUGGCAUCCAGCACUACCUUUUCUAACCAAGCAGAAAGCAUGAUGGUUCCUGGCAAUGCAGCAGGGGUGGCCAAGCAGUUCCUGCGCUGCAUCUUCCAUCAACUGGCCCCAAAUGGCAUCUUCCCGCAGCUGUUCCAGAGCACCAUCAAAGAUGGGACUUUUUUGCGGACCUUAGCCACAUCUCUCAUGGACUUCAAUGAGCUGAGCUCUAUUGCUGCUCUUAGCCAGCUCUUGGAGGGUCUAAAUAACAAAAAGAAUUUACCAGCAGGGGGUGCUAUGAUACGCUGUUUGGAAAACAUUGCUACUUUCAUGGAAGCUUUGCCCAUGGAUUCUCCUAGUAGCCUCUGGACCACAAUCAGCAACCAGUUUCAGACAUUUUUUGCCAAGCUGCCUUGUGUUUUACCUCUGAAGUGUUCUUUAGAUUCCAGUUUGAGAAUUAUGAUAUGCCUCUUGAAGAUACCCUCUACCAAUGCCACAAGGAGUUUGUUGGAACCAUUUUCAAAACUGCUCAGCUUUGURAUUCAGAAUGCUGUCUUCACUCUGGCCUACCUGGUGGAACUGUGUGGCUUAUGUUAUCGAGCUUUCACUAAGGAACGGGAUAAAUUCUACUUAUCUCGUAGUGUUGUUCUGGAACUUCUACAGGCCCUGAAACUCAAAUCUCCUUUGCCAGAUACAAACCUCCUUCUGCUUGUCCAGUUUAUUUGUGCAGAUGCUGGAACCAAACUAGCUGAAUCAACAAUCCUGAGCAAGCAGAUGAUAGCCUCUGUCCCUGGAUGUGGGACCGCAGCCAUGGAGUGCGUGCGGCAGUCCAUUGGUGAAGUGCUGGACUUCAUGGCGGACAUGCACACGCUGACCAGACUGAAGAGCCACAUGAAGACGUGCUCCCAGCCUCUGCAUGAAGAUACAUUUGGCGGACACCUCAAAGUGGGUCUGGCUCAGAUUGCUGCUAUGGAAAUCUCCCGGGGCAACCACAGAGAUAACAAAGCCGUGAUCCGCUAUCUGCCUUGGCUCUACCACCCUCCUUCUGCCAUGCAGCAAGGACCUAAAGAAUUCAUUGAGUGUGUCUCCCACAUCCGUCUGCUGUCGUGGCUGCUUCUGGGUUCCCUCACUCAUAACGCAGUGUGUCCGAACACCUCCUCUCCCUGCCUUCCCAUACCUCUGGAUGCAGGUUCCCAUAUUGCAGACCAUCUUAUUGUUAUCCUGAUUGGAUUUCCAGAGCAAUCAAAGACAUCUGUGCUCCACAUGUGCUCCCUCUUCCACGCAUUCAUCUUUGCUCAGCUCUGGACGGUAUACUGCGAACAAAGUGCCGUAGCUACGAACGUGCAAAAUCAGAACGAAUUCAGCUUCACGGCAAUACUGACAGCACUGGAGUUUUGGAGUAGGGUGACACCCAGCAUCCUCCAGCUAAUGGCCCAUAACAAAGUGAUGGUAGAAAUGGUGUGUCUCCAUGUGAUUAGUUUAAUGGAGGCAUUGCAAGAAUGCAAUUCAACCAUUUUUGUCAAGCUGAUACCUAUGUGGUUGCCAAUGAUUCAGUCGAACAUCAAGCACUUGUCUGCGGGCCUCCAGCUUCGCCUCCAGGCCAUUCAGAACCACGUGAACCACCACAGCCUAAGGACGCUGCCGGGCUCAGGUCAGAGUAGUGCUGGCCUGGUGGCCCUCCGCAAGUGGCUGCAGUGCACCCAGUUCAAAAUGGCCCAGGUGGAGAUCCAGUCCUCUGAAGCAGCCUCUCAAUUUUAUCCUCUAUGA